AUGGAAGCUGUUAGCUCAAAAGAUAGUUCAUCAGUGGCCUCAAGUCCCUUUUCUUCACCCAACAUCAGUGCCCUGCUAAAGAUUAAGAUAGUUUCAUGGAGCCAAGAGACUGGUUUGCCUGUUUCUACGAUUCGAGUUGGCAACAGAACUUUCAACCUGCACAAGUACCCAUUAUUCUCAAAGAGUGGAUACUUCAAGAAAAGAUCACUGAGUGAAACAAACGAGCAUGAGUUACCUCAAAAUUUUCCUGGAGGGCCAGAGACUUUUGAGAUGAUUGCAUUAUUCAUCUAUGGUUCAUCCACGUUGAUUGACCCUUUCAAUGUAGCAGCCCUGAGAUGUGCAGCAGAAUUUCUUGAAAUGACAGAAGAACACUGCUGUGGCAAUCUCUGUGAGCGCUUCGAUCUAUAUCUGAACCAAGUGGUUCUGCAGAGUUGGGAUGCUACUCUUAUUGUCCUUCAAAGAUGUCAAACAUUACUUCCCUGGGCUGAAGAGCUCUUAAUUGUAAGCCGCUGCAUUGAGUCCUUGGCCUUUAUGGCUUGCAUGGAGAUUCUUGACCCAGAAAGGAGACGGGAGAAACCAAUGGUUACAUUGGAGGCUUUGGUCAGUCAAGCCUGGUGCUGUGAAAGACUGAAGGGAACUGUUAGCCAGGACCUGUGGAUAAAAGAUCUCAUAGCUCUUCCAUUUGGAUUCUUCAGAAGAAUAAUAGGAUCCUUGAGAAGGCAGGGAAUGAAAGAUAAGUUUGUGAAUCCAAUCAUUGUAUUCUAUGCAAACAAAUGGGUGCUUUCCAAGAAGACACACCAAUUCUGGAAGAAUUCAGAUGAGAAAAUUGGGGACAACACCACAAAAAGCAAAGGUUCGGAAAUCUUACUAGGCAUUCUAGAUUUACUUCCUUCAGGAGGAAAGGCUAGCAGAACGAUACCAGUCGGAUUCUACUUUGCAUUGCUUUCUAGAUCACUAGAAAUUGGUGUGACAAGUGAUAGCAGGGAAAAGCUGCAAGAACAGAUUGCCUUUGUUUUGCACCUUGCCCAGGUGGAAGAUUUUCUCCUUCCAGAAACUGAGACAGGGUCAAUUUCUUUCAGCAAGGAGUUGGCUAUUAUGGAGAGCAUAUUUUCAACACAUGUCUCCUUUAACAUGGAGACUCAUCAUACCCCAGCAAGCAACGCAAUUGUUGCACAAUUAUGGGAUACAUACCUCUGCCACAUAACUUCAGACCCAAAAAUGGGGCCUAAAAGAUUCAUGGAACUUAUUGAGACAAUUCCAGUAUCCUGGAGACACAGCCAUGAUCAACUCUACAGAGCAAUGAACAUCUUUCUACAGGGUCACAAGCAUAUAUCCCAGGAAGAAAAGGGUUUAGUAUGCAGACACCUCAACUGCCAGAAGCUAUCACAAGAGGCAUGCAUUGAAGCUGUCCAAAAUGAGAUGAUGCCACUGCGUUUAAUUGUCCAGGCUCUUUUUGUUCAACAGCUAAACACACAUCAGGUUUUCAAAGAUUGCUCCGACUCAUUUAGGUACAUGCAUUAUGGUGACUUCUCUAGGAGCUUACCGAGUACAAGAUGUCCAAACUCCAAAACCCUAGAUCAGGUAGAGAGCCCAUUUACAGAUGGAAUGGAGCCAGCCAGCAGACCUUUGAGCUUCUUGCUAACAGAAGACAUCGCAACGCAUUCUUGUGAAUUCUCAAAAAAGGAUUUAGAGUCUACAAGCUUCAGAAUUCAGAACCUUGAACAAGAACUUAUGUCAUUAAAGAGAAGUCUUCAAAUGCAGAACAUUUCAAAGAAAGCAGAAACAAUUUCAACCAAACCACAGAACGCAAGAUUCUGCAGCGUAGAGAGUCGAUCACUGAGCAAAAAGAGGAACCCACUUGGGCAAGUAACGAGUUGCAUUGGGUCUGUGAAUUUUUCUUCACAGAGAAAAUAUGCCAGUAGGCUACUGAGGGUGUUUCGUCGUAUCACUUCCUUUGGAAGCAGAAAAUCAAAGAGAAAACCAGGUGCAUCCAGUGUAUGGUCCAAAUCAAAUCAAUCUAGCUGAAUAAAUAUAUGCAUGAAAUGUGCUCAAACUAUGCAGAAUCGUUUUGAGAAAACCACAAAGGCCAUAUAAUCAAUUGCUCCUCAAAGUUUUGUUAAA